AGAAGAGGCUGACAGAAGAAGCUGAGACAGCGGCUGAGAGCAAGCUGGUGCUGGUGUGGGUGUGAUACCAGCCUCAGCCACACACAGGACUGGUGGAGGCUUCUGCACCGGGCUAAAAUAGUCCGAGAGCAGCUGACGUCCUGCUGUUAGAGAAAUGGCUGCCACCGGAGUCCUUCCCUUUAUCAGGGGGGUAGACCUCAGUGGAAAUGACUUUAAGGGUGGUUAUUUUCCUGAACAUGUCAAAAGUAUGAGCAGUCUGCGAUGGCUGAAGCUCAACAGAACAGGACUGUGUUACCUCCCAGAAGAGCUGGCCUCUCUGCAGAAGCUGGAGCACCUUUCAGUGAGUCACAACAGCCUCACUACGUUACAUGGGGAACUGUCCGGCUUGCCAAACCUAAGGGCGGUGGUGGCUCGAGCGAACAACUUAAAAAAUUCUGGCGUCCCAGAUGACAUCUUUCAGCUCGAUGACCUCUCUGUGCUGGAUCUGAGCUUUAAUCAGUUGACGGAGAUUCCCCGAGACCUGGAGAACAGUAGGAACAUGCUGGUGUUGAACUUAAGCCACAACAGCAUCGACUCCAUCCCCAAUCAGUUGUUCAUCAACCUGACAGACCUGCUCUAUCUGGACCUGAGCGACAACAAGCUGGACAGCCUGCCCCCUCAGAUGAGACGCUUGGUGCACCUACAGACGCUCAUCCUGAACAACAACCCACUCAUGCAUGCACAGCUGCGACAGUUGCCAGCCAUGGUGGCGUUACAGACUCUGCACCUGCGAAACACCCAAAGGACCCAGAGCAACAUGCCAACCAGCCUGGAGGCCCUGACACAUUUAGCAGAUGUUGACCUGUCAUGUAACGACCUGACCCGGGUGCCCGAGUGCCUGUAUUCUCUGGGGAGUUUGAAGAGACUCAACUUGAGCAGCAACCAGAUUUCUGAGCUCUCCCUUUGCAUUGACCAGUGGACACAGCUAGAAACUCUAAACCUGAGUCGCAACCAGCUCACCUCUCUGCCAUCAGCCAUCUGUAAAUUGUCCAAGCUCAAGAAACUGUAUGUAAACUCAAAUAAACUGGAUUUUGAUGGCGUUCCUCCUGGUGUGGGCAAACUGUCGAGUCUCACUGAGUUCAUGGCGGCUAACAACAACUUAGAGCUUAUCCCUGAAGGCCUCUGCAGGUGUGGAAAGCUGAAGAAACUGGUUCUUAAUAAAAAUCGCCUGGUAACACUGCCUGAAGCAAUUCACUUUCUGACCGACUUGGAGGUCCUUGAUGUGCGAGAAAAUCCAAAUCUAGUGAUGCCACCUAAACCAGUGGACCGGGGAGCAGAGUUUUACAAUAUCGACUUCUCACUGCAGAAUCAGCUCCGUCUGGCUGGAGCUUCUCCUGCUACUGUGGCAGCUGCCGGCGGAGGAGCAAAUCCGCGAGAUCAUUUGGCAAGAAAGAUGAGGUUAAGAAGAAGAAAAGACUGUUCUCAAGAUGACCAAGCCAAACAGGUGCUGAAAGGCAUGAGCGACGUGGCACAAGAGAAGAAGAACAUGGAGGAGAACGGAGACCUGAAGUAUGGUGUCUUGAAGAUCCGCCGCUGGGACCAGAGUUUGGAGAAGCCCCAGCUAAACUAUUCUGAGUUCUUUCUGGAGGACGUGGGACAAAUUCCAGGCGUAUCAGUGUGGCAGAUUGAGAACUUUAUCCCGGUUCAGAUCGAUGAAACGUUCCAUGGCAAAUUCUACGAGGCCGACUGCUACAUUGUGCUCAAGACCUUCCUGGAUGAUAACGGGGCAUUGAAUUGGCACAUCUACUACUGGAUCGGUCAGGAAGCCACACUGGACAAAAAGGCCGGCUCUGCCAUCCACGCUGUCAACUUGAGAAACUUUCUCGGAGCGGAAUGUCGGACAAUAAGAGAAGAGAUGGGAGAUGAGAGCGAAGAGUUUAGCGCUGUGUUUAAUAAUGAGAUAUCGUACAUUGAGGGAGGGACGGCGAGUGGAUUCUUCACUGUGGAGGAUACACAUUAUACAGUCAGGUUGUAUCGAGUUUAUGGCAAGAAAAACAUCAAAUUGGAGUCUGUUCCAGUCAAAGGUUCCUCGCUUGACCCUCGAUUUGUCUUCUUGUUGGACACCGGACUGGAAAUCUUUGUCUGGAGAGGAGCCAAUGCUACACUUAGCGGCACCACAAAAGCACGGUUAUUCGCAGAGAAGAUUAAUAAAAACGAGCGCAAGGGCAAAGCUGAGAUCGUUACGCUGAUGCAGAACCAGGAACCUCCAAACUUCUGGGAGGCCAUGGGGGGACAGCCCGAGGAGAUCAAGAAGCACGUACCCGACGACUUCUCCCCCAUGAGACCCAAACUCUACAAGGUGGGUCUUGGCCUUGGAUACUUGGAGCUUCCACAGAUCAACUACAAACUGUCGGUUGAGCACAAAGAUCACAAAGUCAAGCUGGACACUUUACCAGAGCUGAGACUGAUCCAGUCUUUGCUGGACACAAAGUGUGUGUACAUUCUGGACUGUUGGUCUGAUGUGUUCAUCUGGAUCGGGAGGAAGUCUCCACGCCUGGUCCGAGCUGCCGCUUUAAAACUGGGUCAAGAGAUUUGCUCCAUGCUGCACCGCCCCAAGCACGCCUGUGUCACACGCAACCUCGAGGGCACAGAGACCCAGGUGUUUAAGUCCAGGUUCAAGAAUUGGGACGAUGUUCUGAAAGUGGAUUACACCAGAGCAGCAGAAACUGUCCAGCAGAAUGACAACCUGCAGGGCAAGGUGAAAAAGGAUGCGGAGCAGAAGGACCAGAUGAAAGCUGACCUCACCGCUCUGUUCCUCCCCAGACAACCAGCCAUGCCACUCUCUGAGGCGGAGCAGUUGAUGGAGGAGUGGAACGAGGACCUGGAUGGAAUGGAGGGCUUUGUGUUGGAAGGAAAGAAGUUUGCUCGUCUGCCAGAGGAGGAGUUUGGACACUUCUUCACUCAGGACUGCUACGUCUUCCUGUGCAGAUACUGGGUUCCUGUUGAGUACGAGGAGGAUGAGAAGGACAAGGAGAAGAAGGAGGGAGAGGGAGCGGGGACAGGUACAGGAGCAGAGGAAGAGGAAGAGGACAAGCAGCCCGAGGAAGACUUCCAGUGUGUGGUGUACUUCUGGCAGGGCAGACAGGCCUCCAACAUGGGCUGGCUCACCUUCACCUUCUCCCUGCAGAAGAAGUUUGAGAGUCUCUUCCCUGGAAAGUUAAAGGUGGUGAGGAUGACCCAGCAGCAGGAGAACCUCAAGUUCCUUUCUCACUUUAAAAGGAAGUUCAUCAUCCACAAAGGCAAAAGAAAACAGAAGAUCGACUCUGCUCAGCCGUCUCUGUACCACAUCCGCACCAACGGCAGCGCACUUUGCACCCGAACCAUCCAGAUUGGGACAGAUUCAAGUCAUCUCAACUCAGAGUUUUGCUUCAUUCUCAAGGUACCAUUUGAGAGCACAGACAAUCAGGGCAUUGUUUACACGUGGGUGGGCCGAGCUGCAGACCCCGAUGAGGCCAAACUGGCAGAGGACGUCAUGAACAGCAUGUUUGACGACACGUACAGUAAACAGGUGAUCAAUGAGGGGGAGGAGCCCGAGAACUUCUUCUGGGUCGGUAUCGGCUCUCAGAAAGAAUACGAUGAAGAUGCAGAUUAUAUGAAAUACGCCCGACUCUUCAGGUGUUCCAAUGAAAAGGGUUAUUUCUCUGUAUCUGAGAAGUGUUCAGAUUUCUGUCAGGACGACUUGGCAGACGAUGACAUCAUGCUGCUGGACAAUGGGAAAGAGGUGUACAUGUGGGUCGGCACACAGACGAGCCAAGUGGAGAUCAAACUGAGCCUCAAAGCCUGUCAGGUCUACAUCCAGCACAUGCGCGCCAAGGACAACGAACACCCGAGGAAACUGCGUCUGGUGCGAAAGGGGAACGAGCCUCACUGCUUCACUCGCUGCUUCCACGCCUGGGGAGCGUUCAAAACCCCCCUGGCUUAAACGCACACUUCAGCAACAACAUAUCGCUCGCAUAUGAACAACAACGCUUCCACCACAAGAACCACAACACAGAUACUGGCUGCCAUGCUGUUUUUACUGAAGAUGAUGUCUAAGGGGAACCGCGCUUUACUGUAAUGGGUCUAAUGUGUAAUAUCGAUGCUGUAGGAAACAACGGGAGCAGAGACUUGGUGACACUUUAACUGCACUUUGAUUAGCCUUAAAAGCAUAAAUACAUAAUUAUAGUGAACAUAUGGUUUAAAAAUGACUCAAAUCCACAGCGUUUUGAUAUGAAACCUGAUGCAUGACUCACGAUAAUGGCGAUACACGCAGAAAUCGAUAUAUUGCACUUGAUAUUCUCCGAUAUCACUUUGCAGCAGUAUUUUUUCAAACCACACCCUUGAAAUCCACCUUUUUAAUCGUUAAAACAGUGAAUAUGUGAAAUAUGUAGUGUAUUUCACAAAAAAUCUUUAAAAAACAUUGUAAAAUAUACCAACAAAAUGCGAUAUAUCGAUACAGCUGCCAACAGUAACGAUAGUGUAUCAUCAAAUUUAGUAUUGUAAUCAUUAUUGUGGGCUGAUUUAUCGAUAUUUUGAUAUUUCGGCACACCCCUACUACUUUAUAAGGCAUUAAGAGGGUAUUAAUGAAGUACUGAACUAAACCUGGUCAUUCUUAAUAAACUAAGUCUUUGUUGCUGCUGAUUAAAGUUUUUAAAGUGUCACCAGAAUCUUUGAACAUAUCGAUUCUUAGCUUUUACCGAUCGAUCGAUGAAUAAUAUUUUCUUUUUUAUUUAAAGUGGCUAAUUGCUCACCGCUAAUGUUUUUGUGCCAUCGUGUGCGGCAGAACAAAUCUAAACCCACUGACGGUGUGUUUUUUCCUCUUUUCGGAGUCGUGGGUUACAAAACGGCACUAUAUUUUUUCUAAUGAAUGUGUCUCGUCAAGUUGAGUCCAUUUUUACGUCGUGUACGUGUUGUUCUGUCUCGUGGCCUUCUCUUUGUCUUUGAGUUUAAAGGUGCAGUCUGUAACUUUCUGGUGAGUCUCGACAGCUGCUUGUCUCCAUGGCGACGUAAUCUGUUUGUCUGUAAUGUUUGUUUUGUUUGUUUUGUUGCAAUAAAAAACACCAGAAAGCGAGAUGAAGGAUGACGUGUUGUGGAACAGUCCAAUAACAUCUCCAUGGAGUCAGCAGGUCCUUAGCUCUCCUGCAGAAAAGUUACACAGUGCGUCUUUAAACUGGAGAUUGUAAGACAGCCUGAUUUAUGAUUGUAGGGAACUCAUUAUGUGCAAUCAUUCAAGGCCAGGUGUUUUUCUAACCAAAAUACUUCAAGUUGUGUUAAUUGUCAUGUAAUUCUGGGAGACUUUUAUCAAACAGAACAUAAAGUUUUGUUUUUUUCUUUCACGUGGCAUGAACUAAAGCUCCGUCGUUGGGAAUACUGCCUUCCUGUGGUCAGUCCAGGUAAUGCUCGUCCUGAAUGGUUACUUGUGCAUUUUCAAAAGUCUAUUUUUGGUGAAGAGAUGCUUGAGUGUGUGGACUACAGAUGUUAUAAGAAAUGUGCACAUGCUCCUGGUGACUCCUGCAGAUGCUUUAUUUAUGUAUUUUAUAUAUUAAAUGCUAUCACACAAGAAA